AUGCUUCAGACAGUGUGGUCCCAGGGCUGGAGCAGGAACCUCUUGUUUCAGGAGCCAGUGACCUUUGAGGACAUGGCCAUGUGUUUCACCCAGAAUGAAUGGGCCAGCCUGAAGCCUGCGCAGGGGGCCUUGUACAGGGAGGUGAUGCUGGAGAAUUAUGCAAAUGUGGCUUCCCUGGCUUUUUCAUUCACCAGACCUGUUCUGGUCUCUCAGCUGGAGCGAGGGGAACUGCCAUGGGGCCUCAAUCCCUGGGAACCCAUGGGCAGGGAGGCCCUCAGCAGAGUCUGUCCAGGCUGGGAGGCCAGAACUGACAAGGAAGAAUCACCUCCAAAGGAACACAUUUCCAAAGAAGCUGAGUCCCACAGACUGACAUUAGGAAGCCUGCCAGGGAGUGUUCUCCAGCACCUUGGCUUCAGGAGCCACCCAGAGCAGCACAGACACUGGAUGGUUAAGAGGACAGUGCUAAAGAGGAGAGAUCUCACAGAUGGGUCCACCAGGUGUCAGGACGCCUGUGCUGUGGAGAUCAGGGAGAAGUGUGAGAAACUGGUGAAAAACAUUUGUGUUAGUACACAACUCACUACGGAUCAGACAAUUCCUAUUCUUAGCGGUCAGCUAUCUUAUGAGUGUGGAAAAUGUGACAGUCUGUGCAAGUCCGCCAUCCGAUGCCACAGACACCACAGAUGUCAGAGAUGUCACACUGGUGAAAAGUCUUUUGAAUGCAAAGAAUGCGGAAGAUACUCCAGAUAUAAUUCCUUACUUCUCUGGCAUCAGGUAAACACCAGGAGUGGAAUGGCUGAGUCAUAAGCCAGACCUGCAGGAGAGACUGUAAGGGAUUACCCAGAUAUUUGUGGAGCCCCGGCUCCAGGCGACCCACGG